ACCCAACCUACAUAGAGACAGUGCAUCUGGCGCGUCGACUGGAAUUCAUUCAAGUGCGUAUUUCCACCAUAACUAUAUCACAAGCGUGUUUAGAAACAUGGGAAACCCCAAAGUUUUCUUUGACAUCACUAUUGAUGGAGCUAACGCUGGCAGGAUUAUAAUGGAGCUUCGGGCUGAUGUGGUGCCAAAAACUGCAGAAAACUUCCGUGCUUUGUGCACCGGAGAAAAAGGUUUUGGCUAUAAGGGCUCCACGUUUCACCGUCUCAUCCCUAAAUUCAUGUUACAGGGCGGGGACUUUACCAACCACAAUGGAACUGGAGGCAAAUCCAUCUAUGGAGAGAAGUUUGCUGAUGAGAACUUCACGUUGAAGCACACAGGCAUGGGCACACUGUCCAUGGCUAAUGCUGGGACCAACACCAACGGAUCCCAGUUCUUCAUCUGCACAGACAAAACUGACUGGCUGAACGGGAAGCACGUGGUGUUUGGCAAUGUUGUGGAGGGCACUGAUAUUGUCAAGGCAAUGGAGAAGCAAGGCACAAAGAGCGGCACUCCUAAGGCCAAGGUUGUCAUUGCAGACUGCGGUGAAUUAAAUUAGAGCGUCACAUUUCCUUAAAUUCAGAUGUAUCCUUUAUCCUCCACGUCACAGUUAAUCUUUGAGAUGGUGUAUAUCUGCAGCAUCAGUAUAAAAACACCCAGUUAACUUGCUUUCUCCACUAAAAAUGUUUGUCCCCUGUGUUGAUAUUCGUUGUGUAAUAUUUUGUACCUUCUAAUCUGUUUCACAUUUGUUAACAAAAUCUGAAUAACAUGAUGCUGAUGGUGUAAAUAAAUCACAUUUUGAAAGCUUA